GGAAGUUGGAUCUUUCCUGCAGAGUUCACUGAUAUUUCUAAAUCUCUCUCACUAUCAUUGAAAAUGAAUGAACUGCAAGAAGGAAAUAUUGUGAUUGUUGGCAGUGGUCUUAUAGGUCGCAGUUGGGCCAUGGUCUUUGCAAGUGGAGGCUUCAGGGUGAAACUUUACGAUAUUGUCCAGGAACAAGUCUCCACUGCCCUGGAAGAUAUCCGGAAGCAGAUGGAGGAACUUAAGAAAUCAGAAAUGCUUAGGGGAGCCCUAAGUAUGGAGGAUCAAAUGGCACUCAUAAGUGGGUGCACUGACUUGAAAUAUGCUCUUCAUGGUGCUCAGUAUAUUCAGGAGUGUGUUCCUGAGAAUCUGGAUCUAAAACAGAAGAUUUUUUCUGAAUUAGAUCUGUAUGUCGAUGACUCAACGAUAAUAAGUAGCUCAACAUCCUGCCUCUCACCUACAAGCAUGUUUACUGGACUGCAGCAUGUCAAGAACUGCAUUGUUGCACAUCCCGUGAAUCCACCAUAUUAUGUCCCAUUGGUUGAACUUGUGCCCCAUCCACAAACUGAAAUGGCCACAGUUGAAAGAACAUACAACCUUAUGAAGAAAGUUGGUCAGUCACCAGUGAAAUUAAUGAAGGAGAUGGAUGGGUUUGUGCUAAAUAGGCUUCAGUAUGCAGUGAUUAGUGAAGCAUGGAGGCUUGUGCAGGAUGGAGUUAUAUCCCCUAGGGAUGUGGACCUUGUUAUGUCUGAAGGACUAGGGAUGAGAUAUGCCUUCCUUGGCCCACUAGAAACUGCUCACCUUAAUGCAGAAGGGUUCAAAAGCUACUGUGAGAGGUAUGGGGAAGGCAUCAAGCGUGUACUAGCAACAUUCGGACCGGUGCCAGAUUUUGAAGGAGAAGUUGCAGAAAAAAUUGAUCAGGCUUUGUGGGAAGAUGUACGUGAUAAAGCUGAUCAGCUGAAGGCUGGGAGAGAAUAUAGGAACACCUGUCUGAGUCACCUAGCUAAGCUGAAGAAAGAAAUGAAGAAAAACUAAUUGCAUAAUGGAAUCAAGAGAUGAUUCAAAGUGUCACAGGGUGCAUCGGCACUUAGCGUCUAAUACGAUUAUUGCAAAAAGUCGCAAAUAUACUGAAUUCAGUAUAAAGGCAUGUUGGAUACCAAGAAAGAUCAACACUUUUCCUUUUCAAGUGCAUUAUCAUUGUUCCUUAUAUUUUAUAUAAUAAUAGUUCCUGCCAUAAAGACAACUGGUGCUAGUAUCUGAUAUAUAUAUAUAUAAUGUGUAUAUUAGAGGAUGUGAGUGAUAUCGCUCAGUCCUACUUUAUAAAAUGUUAACAAAUUCCAGUUUCUUCAAAUGUUUUCGCUGUAGAUCUGAUAUGCACUUUCAGCUUAGCUCCUAAAUUACAAUGCAAGAAAAUUACAACACUUCAUUUUAAUUGCCUUAUCAAUUAUUUCUCUCUUUUCAAAGUAAAAAUAUUUUCUUUAAUUCCAGUGUAUUAGCAACAUUGUUUAUUUAGUGGCUAAACAAAACCCACACCCUUUCAGUCUUAGCCAUGUUCAUAGCUCGAAGAAUCCCUACGGUGUGAAGGUUAAUGAGAGAAUUGUGCUUUCUAGAAGAUGAGAUGAUUUUUUAAGAAUAUUUUUAUUACCCUGACCUUUAACGUUAACUAAACAAAUGGUAUUGUUUUCUGAUUAUAAUAUCCUCAUAGUAUAGGCUUGGGCUGGCCAGAGCACCUUUUCAGCAGACAGAGGUCCUACCAACCAUUAGUGUAAAAGACUUGAUCAGUUAUGACUCGAUAAAGCUUGGUUUGUUAUAUCUUAAUCUCCUGAGUGAUCAUUUACCAUCACAAGUGCUCAAUUGGCAGGGGCCAUUUGUGCCCAUAAAUUCAAUGCAUCCCUGAAGCUGAAUAUCCCUGAAGCUGAAAUGACAAAAUCCGAGAAAUCUUGAUUGUACAGAAUGGACAAGUACUGGUCAAAUAACUAGUUUUCUAAAUGUUCUUCUUAAUUUCUUUAAUAUGGAAUCUGUAGAGGGCUGAUGAUAGUUUGUAUGUGUACAAAGUGACAAAAUUGUGCUGUCAGUCUUUAUGUCUACCUUGUUAUCUUUGUUUUUUCAAUAAAGUUUUGCUUUCAUUAUAAAAAA